CAACAACAGAAAUCUCACAUAAUGGCAUCCGAUACUGUAUUUGUACUACCCGGAGAUAGCAUUGACCCGUCUCUCAUUCCUUCGCAUCCUAAGAAACCUCUUCGUCUCGGUCCUGGUCUGCGACAUGUCCCUCCCAACGACAUCAUUCCCACGCUCGCGGGUCAGCUUGUAACCGAUCGACAAAAGAAUGCUAUACGGGUAGAGAAUGCUCGAGGAAGAUACACCCCACGCGUUGGUGAACUCGUCAUCGGAACAAUCCAGCGCAGUGCUGCAGACUUCUUCUUCGUUACCCUCUCCGACUACACCGCACCCGCACAACUCCCACAGCUCUCCUUUGAGGGUGCUACAAAGAAGACUCGUCCUCAGCUUGCUGCGGGCGCACUCGUAUACGCACGUGUAGCUCUCGCCAAUCGCCACAUGGACCCAGAGAUAGAAUGUGUGUCCGCAUCAACAGGAAAGUCGGAAGGUCUGGGUCCUUUAGCAGGCGGUAUGCUAUACAACGUGUCACUUGGGAUGGCUAGGCGUCUCAUGAUGCCCAAGAGCGUGCAGGAAGGCCGUGUCGUCGUGUUAGAAGAGCUUGGAAAUGCAGGUCUUCAGUUCGAAACCGCAACAGGACGUAAUGGCAAGUUCUGGGUCGACAGCGAAAACGUGAAGACGGUUAUUGCUGUAGGCAGGGCAGUACAAGAGACGGACGAGAAGAAUCUAGAUGUCGAGGACCAGAAGAAGUUGGUGAGGAAAAUCAUCAAGGAGCUAAGCUAG